CGUGUACUUGUUGUUUUCCGUCAGUAGACACUCAACAAGUAGCAGAGAUGGACCUGUGGUGGCUUCUCACCUUACUUUUACCUCUCUUAUGUGUUACUUACGCUCAGAAUCCUCACAGGAGGUUCGAAUAUAAGUACAGCUUCAAGGGACCUUACCUAGCACAGAAGGAUCACCAGGUUCCCUUCUGGCAAUACAGCGGCAAUGCAAUCGCCAGCGAGGAGAGCGUUCGUAUCACACCAUCACUACGGAGUCAGAAGGGCCAGAUAUGGACCAGAAGCCCCACCAACUUUGAAUGGUGGGAGGUUGACUUUGUCUUCCGUGUGACUGGCAGAGGGAGAAUAGGUGCUGAUGGCUUGGCCGUGUGGUUUUGUGAUAAACCUGGCGUGGAAGGUCCUGUUUUCGGUAGUAUGGAUAAAUGGAAUGGUCUGGGAAUAUUCUUCGAUUCUUUUGACAAUGAUAACAAAAGAAACAACCCUUACAUAAUGACCAUGGUCAACGACGGCACCAAGGUCUAUGAUCAUGAACAUGAUGGACUGAGCCAACAACUUGGGGGUUGUCUACGAGACUUCCGAAACAAACCUUUCCCAGUGAGAGCGAAGGUUGAAUAUUAUAAAAAUACCCUAACUGUGAAGACACAGCUGCUUGAGUAUGAUUAUACCAAGCUAGAGGAAGAAGGUGACCAAUAUGCAUACAGUAUUACGUCCAAGCCUGAGGGUACAGAACCACCACUUAGGUCAGUGGAGGGCAGCCCAUCCCAGGAUCCUCUCUCUACUUCAUAUCCUUCCGCUGACUUGACGACGUCUUCUCUGCCUCCGGGAAGUGAUGAUUAUACAGCGACGACUUCACAGCCUCCGAGCGAUGUUGAUUCAACGACCAUGUCCAGUUUUUUUGGUUUUGGAGGGGAAACCGCCUCGUCGACUCCAUCUCCCAAUGACGAGUCGACCACCACAACGGCUAACCCUGCAGUACUUGGUGAUGAUGACUUUACCAGAGAUGUUUUGGAUGCUGGCCACCUCUUUGUGGAGACUGUCCACAAUGCUGCAGAAGAUGAGUUGUCAGCUGGGUGGGGAUGGUUGGGAAGUGACGAACCCACAGUAACCACCACACCCAAGCCAGAGAAGAAGAGACGAAGGAAGAAGCAGAGGAAGAGGAGAGGGAGGAGUAGGAAGAAGGUCCAGAGUAAUAUUCCGCUGAUGAUCCACAAUGGCAUGACGAACAAUGAAAAGGAUUACGAGAUCUGUAUGCGUGCCGAGAACGUGUAUCUGCCGUCAUCUGGCCACUUUGGAGUGUCUGCGGCAACGGGCGGGUUAGCCGAUGACCAUGACGUCCUGAAAUUCCUCGUGUCGUCGGUGCGGUCCCCAGAAGAGAUGGCAUCGCUGCAGACCAAUCAGGAAGAGGAGGAGAAGUUCCGACAAGAGUUCCAGGAGUACCAGGAGAAGACUAAGAAGGCCCGCGAUGAGUACAUUGCACAGAACCCCGAUGCUGUACAGAAAGACAAAGAUGAGGAAUAUGAGUCUUGGGAACAGAGGGAACUGCGUCAGAUAUACAAUGGACAGAGUCAAAUCCACGAGGUCAUACGGCAACUCCACAUCAAGAUGGAUGAGAUCAUUGGGCGACAAGAACGUACGCUUGGCUUAGUUUCAGCAGUCCACUCAGGAAUGGCAGGAGGCCAGGGAUUGCCUGCAGGUCAGGUUCCCUCUGUAGCACCAGUGGCUGCUCUCCCAGGUGACUCCAUCCGUCGCCAUGAAGUUGACAGUAUCCUUAACAACCAGAGAGACAUUGUUCAGACAGCACGGGAUAUACAGAAAUUUGUUAACGAGAUCCACCAAAAGAGUAAUCAGCUUUUGAGUACCAGUCAGAAGCCACAAGGCACAGUUCAGCCUGUUGGCUAUGACUUACAUGUCACCCUCAAUGAGAUGAAGGAAGGCCUUAAUAUUGUCAGGCGUGACCUUGGUGCAGCCACCCAGAGAAUGUCAGCAGGCCCAGGAGGAGUAGCUUGUCCCACAGUCAGCUGUGUGUCAACAGGCUUGUUUAUUGCCUUCAUGGUUAUCCAGGUAGUUCUACUCAUUGGCUAUAUUAUGUACAGAGAUAAUAAAGAAGCCCAAGCCAAGAAGUUCUACUGAGCCAAGUUGUUUAAAAUGGCAGACUUUGAGAUCUCAGGAGUUAAAGAGACUUCUUCUGAAAUAUUUUUUGAAAAUAUUGCUUUUAUAGUGUCCAGUUGAAAAUUUUAAUGGUGUCUUUUAAGCAUUUAUUUUUUUAAUAGAGGUGAUGUAAGUUUUCUUUAUGGCAAGAUGGCGAUUCAUCAGAACCAUAAGAAAUAAAAUAGAAGAGAUACUUGUGAUCUGACUUGUAGCCAUUGUUGAAUUUGUGCAAAAUGUCUUCCUGAAAUAAGUCCUUUUUAGUUUACUUCUUUGAGAUACUUGUAUACAGUAAGUGCACCUGUCAUGCAGCGUGGAUCAUACUCAGCCUCUAAAAAGCAACUAGAUCAGGAUCAUUACAUGAUAGCUUCACUUGCACCUAAAAUAAUAAAAUAACAAAAACAUGAAGACCAGAGUUAGUUAUACUUACAGAUUUACCAGAUAUGAUUAACUCCCCUCCUCAUAAUAGCCCCUGUAGCCCAUCCCUCAUCAUUGAGAGGUGCAUGUGAGUGAUUGGUACUGAAACUACUGUACUUCACAUUAACCUGCUGUAUUUUGCUUUUGUUAGAACUGGAGCUUGUUUAUAUCUGAUUAGUGUGUAAGAUUUAUAAUGUGAAUUCCAGUUGUAGAUAAUUUUGUUUGAGAAUGUCACAAUGACUUAACCAGCAAUUCAGUUUAUUUAAUAAUGGGGUUUCACCUUGAAAAGGAAAUAUUGUUAUUUGCUGGAAUAUACUAAUUGGGUCAUGUACCUAAAAGUGAAGGCAAGACUCAUGCUACCAGUAUUAUCAUUACCCAUUGCUUCCAGUUAUGAAAACAAAAGUCAGCCAUAAAGUAUAAUUAUUGGGUUUGUUGCAUAUCAGUGAUUGUUGAGUCUCACUAUGUGAGGCAAUCACAAAUUUUCUUAAAAAGUCUCGACCUUGUGGCUUUCUGUUCAUUAUUCCAUUUCCUUAAGUUAAUCUUCAUGUCUCCUAGAGUUACUCCUCCUCCUCUUGUGCUCACCUUUGGAUUAAGGUAGUAUAAUAAUUAAUAAAAUUUAGACUAGAAGUGAUAAAUUUAGGACCUGGUGUUAACAGUUGAUAACAAAUGGAGAUGUUGACUGAGAAUUGAGCUUAUGGUCCCUGACCCUUACUUUACUCUCUUGUGUUUUCUAGAAUUGAUGGGCAUGUUUGCUUGACUAUUAACAGUACAAUAUGUUGUGUAAAGCUUAUAUUUCCUGUUUUACUUACUGUCCCCAUAGACUUUACAGGGUUUGGUUGAGGUUGAGUCGUGUUUUUUUUUUCCUAUUGUGAUAAUUUUUACUGGAGGAUUAUGGAGAUAGGGUUUUUACUUACAAUAAACACUGAUAGGAUAGUUUUUAUAUGCUUUAACCAUGAAAUUGGUUUACUAAUGAGGAAAUAGCAACAUUUUGCAGUCUAACCUGAGUUAUGUCUCUGAAGGUGUCUUUCAGAGACCGUUAUGUUAUGCUAACUUACGCACAAAGCCUACUCAAGCCUGGCACACAUGCCUUAUGAAGUGUGUCAAUUGAAUUUUUUUAUGCCUUUAUUAAAGGUAUACAGUAUAUCUAAUUGUAGCAUGAAAUAGGCUGUUGUAAGAACAUCAUUGCUUUUAUUUUUUAUUUUAUAUAUUCAGUGGUGGAUUAUCAUUGUAUUUUGUUAAGAUUUAAUAAAUUAUUAAAGUUUUUCUAUA